AUGUCUUCAAAUUUUUUGGUAGAGUUAUCCAAUGAUUAUGAAAAACUUUUUGAAACUGAAAUAGGAUAUGACGUUGUUAUUUAUGCUGGAGAAGAACCGAAUGUUAAAGAAAUCCAUGCUCAUUCAAAUAUUUUAUGCAUUAGGUCUUUAUAUUUUCGUGCAGCAUUUUCUAAUGAAUGGGCUGAAAAAAAGGAUGGAAAAUUUAUUUUAAGGAAACCAAAUAUUUCGCCUUAUUUAUUUAAUAUUAUUCUCAGGUUUAUUUAUUGCGGAAACAUUGAAUUAAAAAAUUUGCAAGGACCAGAUGUAUUGAAAUUGUUGAUAGCUGUAGAUGAACUCAAUAUCCAACAAUUAGUUUCUCAUAUUCAAGAAUUUUUAAUUGAACAUCAAACUGAAUUUUUAUAUCAAAACCCAACUUGCAUUCUUGAAACUGUUUAUCAGCAUGAGACAUUUACAGAUUUAUGGAAUUUUUGUCUUGAAAAAAUUUGUAAAGAACCUAAAAUUUUAUUUGAUUCUGAUAAAUUUAUUAGUUUAAAAGCACCUUUAUUAGAAUUAUUAUUAAAAAGAGAUGAUUUAAAUAUGAAUGAAAUCGAAGUUUGGGAACGUUUACUGAGAUGGUGCUUGUUUCAACAAAAUAUGGAAAGUGAUCCAACCAAAUGGAGUACUGAUGACAUUAUAAAGAUUGAGAGAUCAUUACAUAAUUUUAUUCCAUUAAUUGGAUUUUAUGAUAUUGAACCUACAGAUUUCUUUUACAAAGUUUAUAUUUACAAAGAAAUCUUACCAAAAGAUUUAAUUCAUGAUCUUUUGGAAUUUCAUAUUGUUCCUAAUAUUAAACCUAAAACCAAUACAGCAUCUUCAAGAAGGCCUAAUCUUAAUUCAACUUUAAUUCAGUCAGAUCACAUUCCUUUAUUUGCUUCAUGGAUUGACAGAAAAGAUUCCUCCUAUAACAAAAAUGAAAUUCCUUAUGAAUUUAAAUUAUUAUAUCGCUCAAAUCGGGAUGGAUUUAGUGCUGAAUCAUUUCAUCAAAAUUGUGAUAAUAAAGGAGCCACUAUUUGGGUAGCAAAAAUUCAAGGUUCAACACAAUUAAUUGGAGGUUAUAAUCCACUUGAUUGGAAUGGAGAUGAUGAAUGGAAACCUACUAUAGAUAGUUUUAUGUUUAGUUUCACAGAUGGAAAAGAUAUUUCUACUGCAAAUUUAGGUUAUGUAACAAAACCAGAUUGUGCUAUUUAUUGUGCUAAUAGUCAAGGUCCACAUAUGGGUUAUUUUUAUUGUAAAGGCCAUAAUAUAUGGAAUACUUAUGGUGAUAAUAUUACUUUUUAUCCUAAUAUAGGUAUCCCAACUUCUGAUUUUUUAGUAGAUUGCUAUGAAGUAUUUCAAGUAAUUGAAAAAUAG